UAAAGAGCAUUACAGAAAGGGUUUUGUCUGUCUUGUUGCCUCAGGUACUAUCAAAAUUUGAGUAAAGGAAAACAGAGCACAAGUGUCACCUCUGCUUUUCUGUGGCAGUUUCUUCCCAAAAGUAGAUUUGUUUUGAAGCAGAAGAAGCUCUGUUUUGUACUUGAUUACUCAUUUUUUAGCUCAAUUCAAAGAGGAAUUGAGUUCAAUGUCUUCUGAUCUUUAUGUUUUUGGUGGGUCUUUCUGCUCUCAUUCACCCUCGGACAUGGAUUUCUCUGAUUCAACAGAUCUUCACUUCUACACUGAUGCUUGUUUCUCUCCUCCAUAUGACUUCCCUGUUGAUGAUACCAUUUUUCAAGCAAUUUCCAGCAUCAAUUACCAAAACCCUGUUGAAGAAUCCCAUCCUCUCUACCAAAUUUCUUCCAAUUUACUCUCUUCUUCUCCUCCAAGCACCCAGCUUGAGAAUAUAAGCCUUUACCAGACCACCCAGAUGCAGUCUUUAUCAAAUGGGUAUGGAGAUUUUGGGGGAUUGAAUUGUUUGGAGGUGAAAAAUGAGGAAUGUCAGGUUGGGUUUGAUUGUGGUGGUUAUACUCAGUCCUUUGAUCCCCAUAGUUACGAUGGUGUUGAGAAUGUAGAAAGGUAUUUGCAGAGGAGUUUCAGUAGCAACUCCUUUGAAGGAAAGCCUGGAUUUCCAUUCCAGCCCCGGUUUGAUUCUCUCCUGGAAUCCCCAAAUUUCCAGAGCUCACCGGAAAACAGCUUUUUUGCUGGACAGAUGAGGAGGGUUUACAGCGCCGGCGACUUACAAAACAUCAGGAAAGCUCACAAUCCUCACACCACCCAGAGGUCAUUUUCAAACCCUUUAGCUACAGAGAGUCCGUGCAUGGAGGAAUCAAACCUCAAAGUCGGGCGAUACAGUGCAGAAGAGAGGAAAGAGAGGAUCUCAAAGUACAGAGCCAAACGCAACCAAAGGAACUUCAACAAGACUAUCAAGUAUGCAUGCCGGAAAACGCUAGCCGACAACCGCCCCCGUAUACGUGGCAGAUUCGCAAGGAAUGAUGAAGCUGGCGAGAUUCCCAAGGCUGCAUGCUCCAUUCGAGAUGAAGAAGAUGAGGAGAUAUGGUUUGAUGGAUCUCAUGAGGAGGAGGAUAGAAGAGGAGGAGCAUUUGGAGGCAAUUAUGCCCAACCUCAGUUUCAGUACUAUGGCAGCUCUUUUUACUAAUGAAGAAGAAGAAGUCAUUUUGAGUAAAAGAACUCAAAAGGGAAUUUUAAUAAGUUUCCUUCUUGAAGACGUUAAAAAAUUUACAAUUGGGUAGUUAGUUGUAGUAGAGUAUGUAGAAGCAGUUUUUUACAAUAAUUUUUACAGCUUUUUAUUGGUUAUGUAUAAUGAGAUAAUAAAUACUUAUUAAACCC